AUGCGUGUCCCUGGGACCCAUCUCCCGUCCAUAGACCUCCACGCACAUCUCAGCCCCAUCCUCAAGUGCCUGGCGGUGUUCGGCAUGUGGCCAACCUCCGCCUACACACGCGUCUCCGCAAAGGUAGUGGCGUUAACAACUGGUCUGGCGAUGCUGUCACUCGUUCUGAUGCAACUGGUGGCAGAGGUGAUGGCUUUAGCAGCCUCACCAGUCAGUGGUCCGACCGAGCUGUACCGCUUCAUCUACAACUUCAGCGUGGUGGACCUGCACCUGCAGGGGCUGGGAAAGUGGGCCUUCAUGGUGGCGCGCCGCCGCCGCUACACCAGGCUCGUCGACCGCCUCCAGCACUGCUUCCGUCUGAGUGGCCUCGCUGAUACCAACGACAGUGCUUCUGUGCUAGCUACAUCAGAGACAGCCCAAAAGGCAGCCGUGGCGAGGCUCCAGCAACAGCUGAGCGAGUGUCGCCGCCUGAGCAUGUGGGCGACUGCCUUCUGGCUGUGGGUGUGCGUGUACGGCGUCACACACUGGUGCCUCGUCCCCCUCAUCAUCGGUGACAACUCGCUGCCUUUCGACGCUCUCUAUCUGUUCGACGCCAGCCUGCCGCCACUACGACACGUGGUGCACUGCCUGCAGUACGUCGCGGGCCUCCAGAACAUUCUGCUGUCCGUGUUCUUCGACCUGUUCGUGCUGUGGCUGCAUUUGCUGCUGUGCGCCCAGCUGCGCUACCUCGCCGAGAACCUGCGCCGCCUUCGCCGGGUUACAGACACGGACGAGCACAAGAAACUACUUUUUGCCUGUGUCGCGCAUCACAGCGACCUCCUCAGCACAAUCCAAGAGCUCAAUUCAUGCGCAGGUCCCAGCUUCUUCCUCCAGUGCUUCGAGAAUACAAUCCGCAUGUGCAUGAUUGCUUUCAUGGCCACAACAACAGUCGCUGACCAGAUGCAGGUGUGGAGUUCAGCGCAGUUCUUCCUUGCAGCCGUGGGCCAGCUCUUCCUGUACUGCUGGUGUGGCCAGCAGAUCUCACAUUUGUACUGUCAAGGAAUUUUCCAUGGUGAGCGGGCUGCAAUGCAGUCCACAAAGACAUAUAAUGAUGAGGAACUGCCCCAUGGAUAG